AUGACACUGGAAGUUGAGCCUCUCAGGUCGGAAGGUGUCCAAUAUGCUACUGGGGAAGAGCAGAGGGCUAGUACUAGUAACGCCAGAAAGAAUAAAGCAACUGGGCCAAAGCUGAAAGGACGCUCAGCUGUGGAUGUAUCUGGUGGUGAAAGGAAAGUCCGAUGCUAUAAAGAUCUACACUCCAUAGGAACCUGGAAUGUAAGAUCCAUGAAUCAAGGCAAGCUGGACAUGGUCAAACAAGAGAUGACAAGACUGAACAUCGACAUCUCAGGAAUCAGCAAAUUAAAAUGGAUAGGAGUGGGUGAAUUUAAUUCAGAUGACCAUCAGGUAUACUACUGUGGGCAAGAAUCCCUCAGAAGAAAUGAAGUAGCCUUCAUAGUCAAUAAAAGAGUAGGAAAAGCAAUACUGGGAUACAAUCCCCAAAAUGACAGAAUAAUCUCAGUUCGAAUCCAAGGAAAAUUCAAUAUCACAGUAGUCCAAGUCUAUGCCCCAACCACUCUUGCUGAAGAGGAUGAAAUUGACUGGUUCUAUGAAGCCCUACAGCACCUUAUAAAAUUAACUCCAAAAAAUGAUGUCCUUAUCAAGGAGUCAGAGGACAUCCGGCCAAAGUUCUCCUAA